AUGAAAAUCUCACCCCUGCAUCUCAUUGAACUCCCUCCGAUGGAAUGUUCUCAAGAGGGAGUAAAAUGCAAGAUUGAAGUAGAUAACUGUUCAGAUGAGGGUUUGGUGGUGCCAAGAUACAAAGCCCCAAGGUUUCCUAAUGUAACUGCAAAGGUAGCAGCCAAGAAAGAUGACAGUGGACAGUUUGCACCAGUCCUAUACAUUACAUGGAGCCAGUUACCGGAUGGGAGUAUAUUGACUCUCAUAGGGACUGAAGUGCUUGUGGUUGAAAUGUCGACAAAUCACAGCGUUUGUGUUCGUUACAUUUUCCAUGACACACUAUCGUGUACAACAAACCCAGGACUGGGCAGGUGGACAUUUUCUUUGGACAGAAUUGUGCUCAUCCCCAACUUUAAAUACCAGGUUUUUGUAACUAACUUACCAAAGCCAGACACAGGGAGCUAUACAACAAUAACCAACAUCAUAGUUCCAGAUCGCAUUUGGGAUACGAAGGUAGAAUGGUCAGUGCGAAAAGAUAAAGAAAACGGUGACUUGGUGAUAACAAUAGAAUUUGAACCAGAAGAGUUCUCUGACCAAUACAAAGUCUCCAUCUGCAGUCCUGACCUUCAACCAGAACCGUUUCACAUUGUCAUAAAGGAUAACGAGCCAUUUCUGAAUGUUAAUUUCACGCUGGAAGCAUGUCGGAUAAAUCACUGCAAUUUGGAAUUGGUGAUUCAGCCACUGUCUGUUCAAAGCAUGAAUACCUGUCUGGAAUACAGAAGGAAAUUUGAUAUCUGUCCCUUUCUUCCAGGUGCUCCUGUUUCUUUUAUCAUUUUGGCGACACUGGGGCUGUUGUUGGCUUCAUUGGCAGCUGCUGUUUGCAUUUUUGGCUGUAUUGUAUUUUUGAAGAACAAGGAUUUACAUAAAGAAACGCCCUCCUCAGACAGCUCAACAUGUGCAAAGGGUAAACUAGAGUGGAAUCCCAUUCACGAGCCUAAAAGGGUCAUCAUCAUCUACUCUCUGGACCACCCCCUGUACAAAGAAGUCAUCUUGAAGUUAUGUGCCUUCAUGAGGGCUAAAUGUGGCACAGACGUCACUCUAGAUCUCCUGGACUCCGCCUGGCUCAGCACAAUCGGCAGAAUUCAGUGGCUGGAUAUGCAAAGGGAACGAAUCUCCAAGUCCUCAGAUAAAGUCCUGAUCUUGUGCUCUCCAGGCGUAAAUGCCAAGUGGAAGGCCAUGUGCGGUGAGCACAAAGUGAGACUCAAGGAGGAUGAACAUUCCCCCAUAGGAGACAUGCUCACGCCGGCUCUGAGCCUCAUUAUACCGGAUUUUGUUCAUGCUUCAUCUUUCCACAAGUACAUGCUGGCUUAUUUUGAUGACGUGUGCAGUGAGGUUGACGUUCCAGCACCAUUCAACGUCGUGGUGAAGUACAAACUCAUGAAGCACUUUGAAGAACUUUACUUCCGAAUACUAGACAUGGAAAAACAUGAGCCGGGACAGAUUAAGUGCAUUGAAGGCGUCAGGGAGAAUGAUUACUUCAACUGUCCAUCAGGACGAGGACUUCGGGAUGCUAUUGAAGCUUUUAAAAAUUACCAGCUGAAGAAUCCAAAUUGGUUUGAAAUGGAGCUUUUGGACACUGAUGAUGAAGAAGAGGAAGCCAUCUUGGAGUCAACGUUCCCUACAGACAUUAACUAUAGCUCUGUGACUGAAUGCUAUCAGCUGUUUGAAGAGCAUAAUGCUCAUACAUUUGUCAGUAUGAUUAAGUAUCACAAUGAUGAACAUGUUUUAAAGUCUUCGAUCGCAGAGACAGCCAUAAUACUGAGCGAGAAUUCUUCAGUUCUUACCACAGAUGUGCAUUACAGUGGCUCAGUACAGAGUAGCAUUACAGCUAUUGAUGUAAAAGGUUUACCAGCAACUAAACCUGUGGCACAACAUGCUUUAUGCUUACAGGCUCUGUGAAAAUGUCUGAUUUAAGCUUGACAUCAUCAGUCUACUGUAGCUAUUACAUUUCUAUUCUGCUAUAUAUUAUAAUUUCCU